GUCUGUCUCUGUGAUUCACCUAAGAAACCUGCACUAACCUUACCACAAACUGGGAUUUCCUGAGGUGGUAAGGACAGAUUCAUAACAAUACUAUUUGUGGGGAUCUUAGAGAACCCUGUCACAUUCUUCAGGAUAGAAACAAGGAAAAUAAACAUUCAAAUGAUGGCAGACCAUGGUGACCCAUGCAACGAGUUAGAGGUUUCGUACUGCAUGAAUGGAGGAAAAUGCUUUAAAAUUUCAUUUAUGGAUACGCUUACUUGUCUCUGCAGUGAGAACUACAAAGGCAGUCGUUGUGAGCAGUACCAGCUGUUCACCACUGCACAUGAUGCAGGGGAGACAGGACUGGUUGCUGCUGUGGUCAUCAUUGUCCUUUUUAUUCUAGUCGUGUUGGUAGUAGUAAUCUACUACACCUGCAAGCUAUGGAAGGACAAACCAAAUAACCAGCAGAAAAGCAGUGAACAACAGUAUUGGAGAGUAGAGCCCAGAGUAUGAGGCCUGUUGUAUAUUGUUUUGGGGACAUCGGAUUGGAUAACAAAAUGUUUCAUGGACGUUGGUACGAUAUGGUGUGGGUCUGGAUGCUGCUGGAGAUGUGGCUAUGAAGGACCAGGAGGACAGAGGAGACUUAUACCCACAAACAUUCUGCAGCAAGCGUCAAACGUCAAGCUGCAGCCAGUUUGAGUGGCCAUCAGAAGCUGAAGCUACUGUAGACACAAAGACAGUCAGCCACAACACUUUUUCUCCAUACUGUGUGACUGGGUGUAGGACUGACUACAACCUAUUACAAUGGCUGCCUUUAGGCAGCCCAAUUCUAAUCGUUUUUCACUAACUGGUCUUUUGACCAAUAAGAGAUCUGAAAAAGAUCUGUGAAAAAAUCUCAUUGUGAUUGGACAAAAGACCAACUAGUGGAAAAAAAAAUCAGAAUUUGGUUGCAUGUGUAAACGCAGCCAAUGUGUUUCAUUCCAAUGUCUAUUUUCCACUGACACACAAUACAUGCUUUUGAAGCUGGUGGAUGGAAUGGCAUGGAGUGAAACCUGAUGCCUUCACUCAAAGGAAUACUAUGACUGUAAAAUGUUUGCUUAGUCUAUGCUUUGAUUGACAGAAGUCAGUGAGUGUGUCGAAGUUCAAUUGUGAAUGUGCACUUUCUCUAAGCCUGUGAUACCAUAGAUUAGAGUAUAUUGGGGCAAUACGUUGAAUACUUCAUGUAGAAUUCACAUGCUUUUCCCAAUGUAUCAAUAAUGCAUCUAUUUGUUCAACUUUCAUACAAGUCAAACAUGAAGUGAGCAUUAGUUACAGUAAGCAUCUUUCUUGUAUUAUUGAAUGUUCAUGUGUAAUAUCACAAAUCACAAUAAUAAAUCGUACAUUUCUUGUGAUUGCGUAU